GAACCCACGCAUGCGCUGUGCUCAGCGUUCAUUCUAAGCGCGAUCAAAUUUCGAUCUUAACAUGAAGCGAACUAGAUCGGUCGGCUGCGAGCGCUGUGAGGCGCUCGGAGCGCUCAGUUUGCCCGCGAGCGUGGUUAUAACGGUACGCAUUUUGUCGCGCGCGAUAAGAAAAGUUUGAAACUUUACGUGAUAUGUGUUAGACGUUAUGUAAGUGCUGUGAGGAUUUUGUGAUUAUUUUCGUGAAGAAGCAGCCAUGAGCAGACCGCACCGGACUCGAGCGUGUUGAGGAAGCAACAAUGAGCAGGCGUUGCAGGAGCUUCGCCAUCACCGUUCAAAUCAUCACCAUCAUCUGCCAAGUGUUGACGGAGGAACCCCGCUUCGCGGAGCCCAUCCCUAACGUGACUGUGGCAUUAGGGCGCGAUGCCAGCCUACCGUGCGUCGUGGAACACCUUGGUACUUAUAAGGUGGCCUGGAUCCACAUCGACCGCCAGAUGAUCCUCACCAUCCACCGCCACGUCAUCACGCGGCUUGCACGUUUCUCCGUCUCCCACGACAACGCCAUGACUUGGCUCCUCCAUGUGAGCCAGGUGCAACAAGAAGAUAGGGGGUACUACAUGUGCCAAGUGAACACUAACCCUAUGAUCAGUCAAGUCGGAUAUCUCCAAGUUGUUGUACCACCCAACAUCCUGGACGAGGACAGCACGCAGUCAGCGGUGGCGGUGCGUGAGAACCAGAACAUCAGUCUGGUCUGCAAGGCGGACGGGUUCCCGGCACCGAAGAUCAUGUGGCGGCGAGAGGACGGACAGCCUAUCUCCGUCGAUAAGAGGAAGAAAGUGACAGUGUACGAAGGCGACACGCUCAGUCUCCAGCGUAUCAGCCGCACGGAGAUGGGCGCCUACCUCUGCAUCGCGACCAAUGCGGUCCCUCCUUCUGUGUCCAAGCGGAUCAUUGUAGACGUCGAAUUUUCGCCCAUGAUCUGGGUGCCCAAUCAGCUGGUGGGCGCGCCCGCGGGCACGGAUGUCACCGUGGACUGCCACACUGAGGCGCACCCGCGCGCCAUCUCUUACUGGGUCUACGACAACGUCAUGGUGUUGCCAACGAAGAAGUACGCCAUCAAUACUGAGGAGAACUCUUAUAGAGCGCAUAUGAAGCUGACAGUGCGGAACUUGCAGCUCGGUGAUUUUGGAAACUACCGGUGUAUCUCGAAAAACUCGCUGGGAGAGACUGAGGGCUCGAUCAGGCUAUAUGAAAUCCCGAUGCCCUCCACGUCGCCCAAAGCGACGGAAAUGAAGAGCAACGCGAACAAAGAACCGCGCCGGGCGAACGUUACGCGCGCCGGGCAACGAACCGAGGGCACGGAGCGGCCGAGCGUGGUGCGCGCGCAGCUCGAUCGCGCGCCCGAGCGCGAGCGCGACGCGCAACACGUGUACCGCGCGCCGCCGCUACACGUCUCAGGCACUCGAAGCGUCCACUGCUGGCGGCAACCUCUACUUGCUGUAGUCGUCUUGGUACAUAUCGAUCUCGUUGUGUGAUUCUUUUAUUAAACUC